AUGUUCAUAAACCGUUGACUAUUCUCUACUAAUCAUAAAGACAUUGGAACCCUCUACUUAUUAUUCGGAGCUUGAGCUGGCACAGUAGGUACUGCUCUUAGCCUCCUAAUCCGUGCUGAACUCGGACAGCCAGGAGCCCUACUAGGUGAUGACCAAAUCUAUAAGCUAAUCGUAACUGCACACGCCUUCGUUAUAAUUUUCUUUAUAGUUAUACCCAUUAUGAUUGGAGGAUUUGGUAACUGACUGAUCCCAUUAAUGAUUGGUGCCCCUGACAUAGCUUUCCCCCGAAUAAAUAACAUAAGUUUCUGGCUCCUUCCCCCCUCUUUUCUUCUUCUGUUAGCUUCAUCUAUAGUUGAAGCAGGAGCAGGAACAGGCUGAACUGUUUAUCCCCCCUUAGCUGGUAAUCUCGCACAUGCCGGAGCCUCAGUUGACUUAACAAUUUUUUCUCUUCACUUAGCAGGUGUUUCGUCAAUUUUAGGGGCUAUUAAUUUUAUCACCACAGUGAUUAAUAUAAAACCUCCAGCUAUGACCCAAUACCAAAUACCCUUAUUUGUCUGGUCAGUAGCUAUUACUGCCGUACUUCUUCUACUUUCAUUACCUGUACUUGCUGCAGGAAUCACUAUACUUCUGACAGACCGUAAUCUCAACACUACAUUUUUUGACCCUGCAGGAGGAGGAGACCCUAUUCUAUAUCAACACUUAUUCUGAUUCUUCGGCCACCCAGAGGUCUAUAUUCUGAUUCUUCCAGGGUUUGGUAUAAUUUCUCAUAUCGUUACCUAUUAUUCAGGAAAAAAAGAACCAUUCGGGUAUAUAGGAAUAGUAUGGGCCAUAAUAUCAAUCGGUUUCUUAGGAUUCAUCGUCUGAGCUCAUCAUAUAUUUACUGUUGGUAUAGACGUUGAUACCCGAGCAUACUUUACAUCAGCAACUAUAAUUAUUGCAAUUCCUACAGGAGUAAAAGUGUUCAGCUGAUUAGCUACACUUCACGGAGGUGACAUUAAAUGAAGCCCCGCUAUAAUAUGGGCCCUAGGCUUCAUCUUUCUGUUUACAGUUGGAGGCCUUACUGGUAUUAUUCUUGCUAACUCAUCUCUAGAUAUUGUUCUUCAUGAUACCUACUAUGUAGUAGCCCAUUUUCACUAUGUCCUCUCCAUAGGAGCAGUAUUUGCUAUUAUAGGAGGGUUCAUCCAUUGGUUCCCCCUAUUCACAGGCUAUACAUUAAGUGAAGCAUGAGCUAAAGCCCACUUCAUUAUUAUAUUUAUUGGGGUAAACUUAACAUUUUUCCCUCAACAUUUUUUAGGCCUUUCAGGUAUACCACGACGUUAUUCUGACUACCCUGAUGCCUACACCACCUGAAAUUCCGUGUCCUCAGUCGGAUCUUUUAUUUCACUAACAGCUGUAAUCCUUAUAAUCUUCAUAACAUGGGAAGCAUUUGCUUCAAAACGAGAAGUAACUUCAGUAAACCUGAUUCAUACUAAUCUUGAAUGAAUUCAUGGGUCUCCUCCUCCUUUCCAUACAUUUGAAGAACCAGUUUAUAUAAAAUCCUAA